CAGCCGCAGCAUACCCCGCUUGGGUGCAGCAAGGCUUUGGAGGAACAAAGAGUGAGCCUUUAAGUGAGCCUUUGGGCGUGUGAUUCGGAACAUCACCAGUCCAAAGCAGCCUGUCUGCCUGCUGCGAGUAUUCAUGGCUCAAUUCACGCAGCCCACAAGUCGAGACGACUUUCACGUGGCCGUAAUAUGUGCCUUGCCGAGCGAGGCCGAUGCCGUCACGCUGCUCUUUGAUCAGUUCUGGGACGAAGAGGGGGAUCAGUUUGGCCGAACAAGCGGCGACAACAACACUUACAUAACUGGCCGACUCGGCAAACACAAUGUGGUUCUCGCCGUGCUCCCAGGCAUGGGAACCAACACCGCAGCAUCUGCGACCGCAAAUUUACGGUCCAGCUACUGUAGCCUCAAGCUCGUUUUUCUUGUCGGCAUCUGCGGCGGCGUGCCCAAAAUCGCAGACUACGAUGUGUUUCUGGGCGACGUGGUCGUAAGCAAGGCGAUUGUCCAGUACGACUUUGGUCGACAGUAUCCCGGGCAUUUCGAAGUGAAGAAGAAUGUUGAAGACAGCCUUGGGAGGGCAAACAAGGAUAUCCGCGGGAUGCUGGCCGUCUUUGAAACGGAGCUUAUGAGAGACAGGCUGCAAACCAAGUCGGCAAUGUACUUGAAGCAGCUGCAAAGCGCUGCUGCGAAGAAGCGGCGACGAGCAAAAUACCAGUAUCCGGGAAUCGCUGAGAACAGGCUGUAUUUGCCGGCGUACGUUCAUCGGCACGUAAAAUCAUGCGACAUCUGCAGUGAAUGCGACAGCACUUGCGAGUUGGCUGCCAUGACAUCUUGCGCCGAUCUUGGGUGCGAAGCGGCCAAGCUUGUCAAGCAGGACAUGCCCUUUGAAGACGACAGCAACUUUAGCUCCACCAUCUUUAUUGGACGGAUAGGCUCCGGCAACACUGUGAUGAAGAGCGGGGAAAUCCGCGACUGGAUUGCCAAAAAGCAUAAUCUCAUUGCCUUCGAGAUGGAGGGCGCUGGAGCGUGGGAUGAAGUCCCGUGCCUGGUGGUCAAGGGCGUUUGCGACUAUGCGGAUAGCCAUAAGAAUAAGCGAUGGCAAGACUUUGCGGCUGCUACUGCUGCGAGUGUGAUGAAGGCCAUUUUAGACCGCUAUAUUGUAACUGAUGGGGGUCAACGUCCAGUUGCAGCUCAGCUCAAUGGUGGUGCAGGUCAGGGUAAAGGGAAUAGCACUCGGAGCAUUUCUGGAAAUACAUUUGGCGACAAUGUGCGGAUCGUUCAAGGCGAUAUGACUUGGAAUGGAACUUGA